AUGCAGUUCUCCAUCGUCGCCACUCUUGCCUUCGCCCUCGGCGUUGUCGCUCGUCCCCAGAUCGCUCCUCCUGCCGGCGGUAUCCCUCCCGUCCCCGGUGAUGUCACUGUCGGCCAGGCCGGCGACACCUGUGGCUCCGACCUCGACCUCAGCUGCUGCAACCAGGUCGACCAGUCCGGCGACGCCAUCAACACCGCCAGCGGCCUUCUUGCCGGUCUCCUUGAGGGUGGUCUUGAGGGCGGUUCUCUCGGCUUGUUCGAUGGCUGCUCCAAGCUGAACGUUGCUGCUGUCAUUGGUCUCACCGAUAUCCUCGACAGCCAAUGCAGUCAGACCCCGGCCUGCUGCCAGCACUCCGGCAUGGAACAGGAGGGUCUUGUCAACCUCGGUCUUCCCUGCGUUGCCCUCGGUGGCCUCCUAUAA